CCCCUUCUCAUUUGUUGUAACCGUCUUCUAGUGUUGUUGAACAGUCCCUACCUACUUUGUUAGUCGUGCAUGAUCCUUUCCAUUCAUUGGUACUCUUUCUCUCAACUACUAAUCAGUCUGUAGUGGCUACAACGCUCUCUCAGUAAAUAACAAGUUCAGCACAACGCUCUCUCAGUGAGUAACAAGUUUAGCAUAACGCUCUCCCAGUGAGUAACACCUUGAGCAUAAAAUCCAGUCAGCCCACUCAGCCAACGUUUGAAGAAGAUUUCACGGAACGGACAACUCACUCAACAUGUCCAGUCAAGACGUCAAAAGGUUUGCUCGGGAGGUGCAGCGAAAAGAUGCCACAACGGAAAGUCUUCAGGCUGCUGUGCCUCCUGAGCAGCCGCAAUUGUCCUCCACAUCACGUAAAGUGACAUGGAAACCACCAUCAUACCCAUGGACAUCACGAUGCUACUCAAUGGGAACAAUGCUCAUUCUUGUGAUAUGCUGGGAGGGUCAGCAUCUUCGUGAUCACAUCCUCUACGGUAUUGUGCACUAUAUAUUUAGUGUACAUACUGUAGAGAUCAAUGAGGAAGACGAAACUCGCGACAACCGGACACUACUGCACUUGUGUGCAAUCCAUGGAAAUGAUCGACUAACGAAUAUACUCAUCGGACGUGGAGCCAAUAUGAAUGUGCAGGACAGCGGGCUACGAGAGACUCCACUUCACGAGGCAGUCAACUAUAGAAAGAUCAACGUUGUCAAGGUGAUACUGUCAAAUACCAGUGACGGUGUCACCUUGGAUACCACACUGCGUAACAGGGAAGGGAAAACAGCACUGGACCUAGCCAAGGAAUGCAAUCAGGAAGGAUGUGUGCAGUUGCUGCUGGAGCACGAGAGUGCGAAGGACGAUGAAUGCCUCAUUGUUCGAUCAGAAAAUCCCUCUUCUGGCAAUUCUCAUUCACCAGCAUCAGAAGGAACACUCUGCCCAGUAGCAUCACAGCCAGUAGCCACCUCAGCAGUGGCAGGCUCAGUAGCAGCAUCACAGCCAGUAGCCACCCCAGCAGCGGAAGGCUCAGUAGCAGCAUCACUAGCAGCAUCACCGGCUGUGGCAUUACUAGUAGCAUCACUGUUAGCAGCAGCAGCAGCAGCUUCAUUAGCAUCAGGAGCAUCUCCAAUAGCAGCAGGACUGUUAGCAGUAGCAGCAGCAGUAGUCCUUGCUGCAGUAGCACUUUCAGCAACAGCAUCACCAGUAGCAGCGCCAAUACCAGCAGCAGCAGCAGCCUCACCAGUAGUACUUUCACCAGUAUCAUCAGCAGCAGCAUCACCAGUAGCACCUUCAGCAGCAGCACCAGAAGCCUCACCAGUAGCACUUUCACCAGUAUCUUCAGCAGCAGCACCUCCAGUAACACCUCCAGCAGCAGUAUCACCAGUAGCAUCACCAGUAGCAUCACCUCCAGUAGCACCUGCAGCAGCAUCAGCAGCGACUACAGCAGAAGCCUGUGUCAGUGUGGACAGUAGAAGCGGUGGUCACGGUGCUGGUGGAAGCGGUCAUCACAGCGCUGUUGGAAGCUGUGUUCACGGCGCGGAAUUAAUGUCACUUGGUGCCAUUGGUGGAAAGACACUUGAGCAGAUUGCCGACUGGCAUGCGUUUGUUAGCUCGAUUGAACCGUUCAUUGGCGGAAAGGAGGGAGGUGACCAGAUAGCAAACUGCGGUAAGGCGGCUGUGCAGCUAGUGGCUCCAAAAUACACAAACGUCUACCCCAACGUGCUACAGUCGUUUCAUGAAAUGUAUAAAGGUAACAUCCGAGGCCCAGGCAAAGGAGAGAACAACCUCUUCUGUAUCCUGCUGUAUCUGAUGCAACAACGUCCGAGCACAACCGUCCAAGAGCUGUUUAACCUGCUGGCUGAUAAUGCCAAGCAUAGCCGGCGCCAUCUUUUCACGGAAAUCAAGAAUGCCAAGUACUUGGAACAAUAAGCAGGAGAUUAGGCCUGGUCCAGAGAUGGCAGGGGGGGGGGGGGCAAGCGUCUGCUCUCCGACCCCAGCAGCUCAGGGCCUCGGCCGGAUCCGAUUAGCAGCCUGGCUGCCCUCCAGGCAGCGUCGUGGAGCCUGACGUCUUCUUGUGAUCAGAGCGUUCGUCUCUAGGCAUCAUGGGCGCUGUGUGUUUUCAUUGCGAGUUGGCCUGUGUUGCUGUGACCAGCCCAUGCCAUUUUCCUUCAUUAUGAAUUUACACAUAGCAGUGAUGUUUCUAAUGGCUUGAAGUACACUUGAAACUCACAUGCUAUUUACUUUGAAUUGCAGUUAGUAAAUUAUGACAAUAAUAAACUAUCACUUUUCAAUCCAUGGCAGACAAUCAGGGAAGUUUUUGAAGCUCCUCUCACUCCCGCCAUUAAUGUAAUAAGAAUAUUUAUUUCAAGACACGCUUGCGUUAGCCUUUACUGAAACUUGACUAACGAUGUUGAGAUCACGAUGCCUCUGUGCGCUGAGCCAAUCCACAUUGAUUUCAUAGAAGCCUAACCUAUAUCUUUGCAGACUUGAUUUUUGUAUUCAAAUUCAAGACUGAAGAUCUUACCAGAACUUGGUACAUUUUGUAGAAUGCGGUUAAUGCGUUGAAAUAGGCUGGGAAUUUCUCAGUUCCAUGCUAGUAAAUACAAAUGACAUUGCCUUACUCUUUUUGCUGUCAUCGGCUCACUGCUGAUGAGAUAUAACAAAGUGGAAACAGCUGGCUGUCUGAGAUUUGAGUGUGUUUUGUUUUUUAAAUUGUUGACCACCUCCCUUUGGUGUCCCAGCAGCUGAGACUGCUGUUAUCACCACCAUGUCUUCACCCAUCCACCUCCAAUUCUAAUUGCAACGAUUUACUGUUUUAAAAACACUCAAUCACUGUGUGACGUCAUUGUUGAUGUUCCCAGCUA